AUGCUUCUCCCACGUCGAGCAGCCAUCUUCGUCGGCGUCUGCUUCUUCUUCGUCUUGCUCCUCAUAUCCCGGAGCCUCUCACGACCAUGGCGUGACGUACCCCAAGUCAUCGGCCUGGGUGACCUGGUCUACUCGUCAUCAAAUACAACAGGAAGCUGGAACACGACCCGCAGUCAUACAACCAAUGACCUCUAUGCCCCGCCGCUGGUCUUCCUCCCGGGGAUCCCCAAACCCCCGGGCUACAAAUACUCCAAGACCAUUGUCGUGACCCGAACCAAGGGGGAAGACACCAGCUGGAUCGGCCAGGAAUUGCCAGAUUGGGAUCACGCCAUCUACGUCGCAGACGAUCCAACAGCGCCCCUCCACCCGCCCAAGAAUAAAGGCCACGAGGUCAUGAUCUACCUCACAUACAUCAUUGAUCACUACGACAAGCUCCCAGACGUGGCGGUGUUCAUGCACUCGCACCAAUUCGCCUGGCACAACGAUAACCUCUUUGCCGGAAACGCAGCGGACCUGCUUCGCCGCCUCAAUCUGAACCGUGUCAUCCGUGAGGGUUAUAUGAAUACUCGCUGCGGGUUCGGCCCGGGCUGUCCAGCCUGGAUGCACCCUGGCGCGGUCGAAGAAGAUGAGUCGAAGCAGGAAGAGAUCAUGCUGGCCCGCGCGUGGGGGGAGUUAUUCCCCGACCAGCCGAUUCCGUCUGUCCUGUCGCAACCAUGCUGUGCGCAAUUCGCCCUGUCGCGUGAUCGCAUUCAAUCCAUUCCGCGGGCCCGGUUUGUUUUCUAUCGCGAUUGGCUGCUGUCGACGGAUCUGAGUGAUUAUAUCGCUGGUCGCAUCUGGGAGUAUUUGUGGCAGUUUAUCUUCACUGGGGAGCCUGUUCUCUGCGUUGAUGAGAAUGUGUGUCUGUGUGACGGGUACGGGUUUUGUUUUGGCGGAAACGAGGAAUUCAAUACUUACCGAGAAGUUGAAGCAAAGAAGAAUGAGAUCCAGCAGCAAUUGGAUAACUGGAUGUGGUUGUCUGACGGCAUUGGGUUUGAUGACUCUAUUGGACCGGAUGACCUUGGGAGUGAGGCAGGUGAUGCCCUUUUCAAUCAACUCCAGGAGAAGCAGCAGGAGGUCAUUGAUAUUCUGGCCGCUGCUAUGGAGCGUGGCAAGAAUCCGCAGUACCGUGCCCAGGAGGCCGGUCGUCCUUGGAAAGAGGGUGAUGGGUUCUGA